AUGUUGGGCUAUGGAGUAACCACCAGAGCCCUCCAAUUACAUCCAAAUACACCUGCGCUUUAUAUUCUAGUGGCCUUGCGUAAAUUAAAUGAUCUUUCACCAUCCACAGCCCAUUUGUUGCUACAGCGCGGUAUCCAGAUCAAUCCUGAGAGUGUCGAGAUGUGGAAGGAGUAUGUCAAAAUGGAAAUAUGCUUUAUUGAAAGUCUCAGAAGGUGCUGGGAGGUAGUAGGGUUCCACAAUGAUAAAACUAAUAAGGGGAAGGAAAAAGAGAAGUUGCUGGACUCAGAGAUUGUUGAUGAAAAUGGUGAUCUACCCAUGGUCACAAUGACAGAUGAUGUGGAUGUGAUGGCUUUAGAUGGACAGGAAGGAACAGCGGCCAGGAAAGAGAUUAUGGGAGGUAUGAUCGUCAAUGCCACCAUUUUAAGUGCUGUUCAAGGAUCAGCUUUGCCUAAAAUCAAACUAUUCAAAGCAUUGGACCAAUUGAUCACCAGUUAUCCAUCAACUCCAGAACUUUGGGGCUCAGUAAUAGCCCACAGUAGUAUAUCUUGGGUUUGCAAGUGA